CUAUAUAACCACUUGACUGCGCAUACGGUUCCCCGACGCUCGAAAACUAUUAGUAUUUUGUCGCCUAUGUGUAGGCUGCGGUACAAGUAACCAUUUUAGUUGUGUCCAGGCGUUUGACCUGUGUGCACGAUAAAUUUUAGUUUUUAAACUUUUUAUGCAAUAAUUAUAACGCAUCAAAAUGCCUUCAUGCGCGGUGAAAUGGUGUGGGAAACAUUCCAAGACAUCUAGUUACAAAAAGGAUGGCAUAACUUUUCAUCGAUUUCCGAAGAUACCGGAACUAAAAGAAAAGUGGAUAGAGAAAGUUAAUAGGGAGAAUUGGUUUCCAACAAAGUACAGCGCUGUAUGUUCAAGGCACUUCACUCCCGAUUGUUUUGAAUAUUUAAAACAACGCCGCCGUCUGUUUAGUUCAGCGAUACCAACGAUGUUUUUGCCUAUUUUGGCUUCACCAAAUAGUAUAACUGACUCUAAUGCUAAUGUACCUGUGCCUUCGCAUCACAAUAUCGCCGCCAGUUCAUUAUCGAAUAAACAAGUGCAUGUUGAAGCUAAUACAUCAACUGAAGACCAGACUCCUUUGCAUGAAAUUUCUAGCUCAACAAAAAGUAACAAAGAAAUAGACCCAGUGAUUGUAGACCUGACUCCACGUAAACGCAAAAUGAAACGACACAUAGACCAUCUUAUAUAUUCUCUUAGUAAAAAAAAGAAAGAGGUUAAGAGGCUUCAAGAUAAAAACAGAUUAUUGGCAAAAAAAGAAUGCGAAUCUAAAAGAAAUUUUGAAUAUUUUGACUAAAAAAUCUUAUAUUACUCAAGAAAAUGAAGACAUUUUAAGUCGCAUAGGUGUACAAAACCAAGAAAUUGUUAAACGCCAAAUAUUAAAAUCAAAAACAGGACAUAUACCCAAAAUUAAAUACUCACCGGAAUUACGAGCAUUUUCCUUAACAUUGCAUUUUUAUUCUCCGAAAGCGUAUAAUUUCGUUAGACAAAGUUUCAGCACAUGUUUACCUGCUACAAGUACUCUGAGAAGUUGGUAUCAAUCCAUUGACGGUAAACCCGGAUUUACAAAGGAGGCAAUAGAUACUAUCAAAAUGAAAGCCAGAGAAUCCAAGAACAAAAUUUUCGCCACUAUCAUAUUCGAUGAAAUGGCAAUCAGAAGCGGUGUUGAAUA